CGCGCAUCUCAAUCUCAAAAAAAAAAAAAAAAGGAAAAAAACCUCCACUACGCAAAUCGUCGUCGUCUUCCUCCGCCGAAUUCCCCACCCCACCGGCGGCGCGACCGGGCGGAGAUGUACCACCCGACGAGAGGCGGCGUCCGCGGCGGACGGGAUCAAUUCAAAUGGGAUGAUGUUAAGGUUGACAAGCACCGAGAGAAUUACCUCGGUCAUAGCAUUAAGGCUCCUGUUGGAAGAUGGCAGAAAGGGAAGGACCUGUUCUGGUAUACAAAAGAUAAGAAAUCUGACUCAGAAGAUGCUCUCAAGGAAGAAAUCAGGAGAGUGAAGGAAGAGGAGGAGCAGUCCAUGCGGGAGGCACUUGGCUUAGUUCCUAAGCGUAGUAGUCGACCUAAGGGCAACCGAUUAGAUAAGCAUGAGUACGCAGAGCUUAUUAAGCGAGGAUCAACUGCAGAAGACUUGGGUGCUGGACAUGCUGAAGCAGCACAAGUGCAGGGUCUAGGUUUAUACAAGGGUCCUCGCAGAGAGGAAGAAUCGAGCUCCUUUAACCUUGAUCCUCCAGAAAUGGUGCCCGCUGAGCAGGCUGACAACCCUCCACCGGAAACCAAACCGGAACGUGAAGAUUCCGAUGAUGAUCGUAGGAGCAAAAGGGGGCGUGAGGAGAGGGGAGGGGAGAAAGAGCGGAAGCGAGAAAGGCACUCGGAAGGAAAGGAGAGGAGGCGUGACAAGCAAGAGAAGAGGAGUCGGCAUGAGUCGGACGACAGGUCGAAGCGCCACCGCAAAGACAAGCACAAGAGGAGGCAUGACUCUGAUUCCGACUAGUUACUGCGGCUCUUUCAACCUGUCUCACUGUAUCCUGCCAUCAUAUUUCAUGCCUUGCUACGUUUGCUUGAUGAUGAUGUAGUUGUAAAAACAGCUUGUAUACUCUUCUUGAAUACAUUGUCUGUUUUUAACUUGCACAUGAGAAAUAUGUUGAACCUGUAACAUCAGCGGUGCAUUUUGGCAAUCUUCUUUCUGCCUA